CACCCCUGCGUGUGCCAGCCCGGGCCUGCCCCACAACUUGUCAGACGAUGCCCCUGAGCGCAGCGGCGUGACAGGACCAGGACUCAGCCACCGUCCCCGGGACCACCGCGUAGUAAAGCAUUGGAUCCCACAACGUACUGCGAGCCGCCGGUGUACAGCCCGGACCUGUGCCCCAACAUGAUCGCCGCCCAGGCCAAGCUGGUCUACCAGCUCAACAAGUACUACACGGAGCGCUGCCAGGCCAGGAAGGCGGCCAUCGCCAAGACCAUCCGCGAGGUGUGCAAGGUGGUGUCCGAUGUGCUGAAGGAGGUGGAGGUGCAGGAGCCGCGCUUCAUCAGCUCCCUCACCGAGAUCGACGCCCGCUACGAGGGCCUGGAGGUGGUGUGUCCCACAGAGUUUGAAGUGGUCCUCUACCUCAACCAGAUGGGGGUCUUCAACUUCGUGGACGACGGCUCCCUGCCGGGCUGCGCCGUGCUGAAGCUGAGCGACGGCCGCAAGAGGAGCAUGUCCCUGUGGGUGGAGUUCAUCACGGCGUCCGGCUACCUCUCGGCCAGGAAGAUCCGCUCCCGCUUCCAGACCCUGGUGGCCCAGGCGGUGGACAAGUGCAGCUACCGGGACGUGGUGAAGAUGAUCGCCGACACCAGCGAGGUCAGGCUGCGCAUCCGGGAGCGCUACGUGGUGCAGAUCACCCCGGCCUUCAAGUGCACCGGCAUCUGGCCCCGCAGCGCGGCGCAGUGGCCCCUGCCGCACAUCCCCUGGCCGGGCCCCAACAGAGUGGCAGAAGUGAAGGCGGAGGGCUUCAACCUGCUCUCCAAGGAGUGCUACUCCCUGACCGGCAAGCAGAGCUCCGCGGAGAGCGACGCCUGGGUGCUGCAGUUCGCCGAGGCCGAGAACCGCCUGCUGCUGGGGGGCUGCCGGAACAAGUGCCUGUCCAUCCUGAAGACCCUCCGGGACCGGCACCUGGAGCUCCCCGGCCAGCCCCUCAACAACUACCACAUGAAGACCCUGCUGCUCUACGAGUGCGAGAAGCACCCGCGGGAGACGGACUGGGACGAGGCCUGCCUGGGGGACCGGCUGAACGGCAUCCUCCUGCAGCUCAUCUCCUGCCUGCAGUGCCGCAGGUGCCCGCACUACUUCCUGCCCAACCUCGACCUCUUCCAGGGCAAGCCCCACUCGGCCCUGGAGAGUGCGGCCAAACAGACCUGGAGGCUGGCCCGGGAGAUCCUCACCAACCCCAAGAGCCUGGACAAGCUAUGAGGGCGGCCGAGGGACUGGACUGCUCCAGUGCGGGCCAAGGGACUGGACUGCUCCAGUGCGGGCCAAACAGGGACUAUUCCAGAGCGGGCCAAAGGACUGGACUAUUCCAGAGCGGGCCAAAGGACACACUUCUAUGAAGGCACUUGCAGAGCAGACAGCUGGGGACACUGCUCACACCGCCUCAGCAAUAACCUCCCCCUGGGACCUGCUGUCUGCAUGGCACAUUAGGGAGCUUGUAUUUAUUGUCCCCCAUAUCACACACUGUUCACACCUGUAUCCAGACUGAACAGCGGCUCCCCGGCGGCGCCCCUUCUAAAGGGACCUUUCUGUUCUAGAGAAGGGACUUGUCCUUGCACAGGAGGAGAAGGGGGUCCCCUCUCCUCCCAGACAAUGUGAAUCCACAGAAGCAAUCGGACUUAGAAGGUACAUUUCACAUAAGAUGUAGCCAUCUUCUUUUAUUUUUAUUUUGCCUGAAUGUUUGUCACUAAGUGAACAAAAAAUUAUUUAAACUAUAUAAUGUCUCUUCUAAAAAAGUUCUAUGUAUGAUAAUAGUGCCAA